CAUAUUACUUGAAAACGGUUGUAUAGCGACUGUUUUAAGAUGGCGGACUCGAACGAGAAGUUGUUAGUAGAAUUACUUAAAAAACCUGGAAAUAAUGUGUGCGCGGAUUGUGGAGCUAAAAACCCAGAAUGGGCUUCUUACAAUAUAGGAAUAUUUGUCUGCACAAGGUGUGCUGGAGUACAUAGGUCUAUGGGUGCACAUAUUUCCAAAGUAAAACAUUUAAAAUUAGAUAGAUGGGAGGACUCUCAAGUAAAUAGGAUACGUGAAGUAGGUAAUAUAGCUGCAAGACUACAUUAUGAAGAACGUGUACCACCUUGUUAUCGUAAACCAAAUGUGGAUGCUCCUCAAGUUUUGGUAGAACAAUGGAUACGAGCAAAAUAUGAGAGGGAAGAAUUCUGUCAUCCGGAAAGGCAGAAUUAUGUAUCAGGAUUUAUGGAAGGAUUUUUAAUGAAACGUGGAAAGGAAGACUCGCGAUAUCAUCCUCGUAAAUUUGUACUUUGUGAAGCGGAGGAUACUUUAAAGUAUCAUGUUAAAGAAAAUAAGGAACCAAAAGCUAUACUCAGGAUAUCAGAAUUAAAUGUAGCCUUUGCUCCAAUUAAAACUGGUAACCAAAAUAGUCUUCAAAUAUCUUUUAUGAAAGAUGGCACUACAAGACAUAUCUAUGUAUAUCACGAAGAUCCAGAAGUUAUCACCAAUUGGUAUUUGGCUAUAAGAUGUGCGAAAUUACAUCGCUUACAAGUUGCUUAUCCUGGUGCAACAGAGGCUGAAUUAUUAUCACAACUUACAAGAGAUUUUCCACGGGAAGGAUUUCUUUGGAAGACAGGUCCUAGACAUAGCGAUGCUUAUAAAAAGAGAUGGUUUACAUUAGAUGGAAGAAAACUUAUGUACCAUGAUGAUCCUAUGGAUGCACAUCCAAAAGGUGAAAUUUUCUUGGGUCAUAGUUCAGAAGGAUUUGCAGUUAAAACAGGAGUUCCACCGGGUGCUAGAAAUCAAGGUUUUUCCUUUACUCUUGAAACACCCGAUAGAAGUUAUCUCUUGUCUGCUCAAAAUGAUGAUGAUAGAACACAAUGGAUGAAUGUAAUACAAAAAGUAAUAGAUAAACCUCUUACUCCUCAAGAUGCAACAGUAGCAGCACGUCUUGUAAGAAAACGCACAGCAAGUGGAACGAUGAAUAUAUUUUCUUCUGCAAGGUAGGGCUGGAUCCCUCUUAGGCAUCUUUC